AUGUGCCCAUGCCACACUGUUAAAAAGGGAGGCAAGCACAAGACUGGACCAAAUCUCCAUUAUCUAUUUGAGCAGGAGACAGGUCAGGCUCUUGGAUUCUCCUACACAGAUGCCAACAUGUACAAAGGCAUCGCCUGGGGAGAGGACACUCUGAUGGAGUAUUUGGAGAAUCUCAAGAAACAAAUCCUUGGAACCAAAAUGAUCUUCACUGGCAUUAAGAAGAAUGAAAGUCUGACUUGA